UAACGUCACAGAUUCCUCAUUCUGUUGUGAACGCAGCUCUACUAUCGUUCUUUCACAUUGUUUUAUGCUUCUUUUAGGAUACGUCAAAUAUAUUUAAUGGCCAGUUCUCUCAUUUAUCUGCAAGGUUUCUGCAGCAAAUAAUGGAAUCAGAAGAUGGGCUUCAUGUUGUUGAAUGUGCUCUUGUUAUUCCUGCUUUGGUCCUUUCAUAAAGGGAUUUCUCAGACGCCCGAGUGGAAUGGAGAGUUGGAAGUCAGUGGUGAGACGGAAUGGAUUCCCCAGCUGGAUCUCCUGGAUGACACCUACUGGUCCGGGUCAGCGCCGCUGUGUGUGGGAGGGUGUAAGGCCCGUCACCAGGAGCUCAGGAAAGACCCUUGUGGCGACUCCAGCUGCUGCUGGCUCGGCUACAAAUCUCUCUGCAGAGUGAACUGUGGCAGGCCUGAUUCGGACUAUAACGGAGUAGUUUACGGUAAUGACUGGUGGGUGGGCUCUGUGGUGAGGUACGCCUGUCGCUCUGGCUUCAUCCUGCUGGGAACCCCCAACAGGUCAUGCCAGUCCAAUGGCCUCUGGACCCCCAAACCCAUCUGCCUCAGGAUGUGUCAGCGUGGAAGGGUUGAAGUCAGGGAGAGCGAGCUGAACGGCACGUGUGACUCCACCUGUGAGAAUAAGAGCUACUUCGGCCCACCCAAACUGGGCUGCUCACUGAUGAACAACUGCAAGAAGAAGGAGACGGGCUGGAAGAGGUUCUUCACGCAGUGUGUUCCUUGUAUUUGUGACUGCUCCUUAUCAUGCGCAACUGCAGGCUAAUCCUGACAGGGACGUCAGAUGAUCAAGUGAAAGUCUUCAUCCACUUCCUCAGACACAUCGGUAACAUAACAAAACAUGAAAAUAUAUUAUUUUCACUUUACCUUUGCAAGCCAGCAGUUUUUCUUUGCUUUCUGAGACAGAAUUAGGUUGAUGCCUGAGGCUUAAAACUAUAAGAUGUGUGUUUGCUUGUAAACUCCACUGCUCCACCGCUCAGUCCAUCUGUCCUGCAAGGAGCUAAAACACUAAUCUUGUUACAAAAGGCAGAUC